UUAGUCUAAUCUGAGCCGAGUCGCGUUCGUUUAUGCUCCCUUAACCCGAUUAAUUUUUUUCUUCAUAUUAACACACCUGCCUUUGCGGUUUCUCUCACAGCCGGGACCAUGGUUGUCGUGUGAAAACGGAUCGGUGUGACUCGGAUUGGAAGGACAGAGCCAACAGCAAAAAAAAAUCCUGUUUCAGGCCCCUGUGGCUCUGGGCGCAGCUGCACAGCCUGCACCUCCUGCUGCGCUGAUCACCAGUAUUUGUUCAUGAUCGAGGCAGAUGUGACUUUCCACUGUAUGUGACCCUGAGGGAAUAAAAGGUGUCAGCUGGUAAAGUGUGAGUGUGUGUGCGAGAGAGAGAGAGAGAGAGAGUGUGUGUGUGUGUGUGUGCAGGCACGUGUGUUUUCCCAGGCCUGUCAGUAUUUGGAGCGGCGUGUGGCCUGAACAAAUCAUAGAAGGACAAUGAGCGAGCUGGAACAGUUGCGGCAGGAAGCCGAACAACUACGCAAUCAGAUCCGGGAUGCCAGGAAAGCCUGUAGUGACUCCACUCUGUCACAGAUCACAGCUGGUCUGGACUCAGUGGGCCGGAUACAGAUGCGAACGCGACGCACUCUCAGGGGCCACCUGGCCAAGAUCUAUGCAAUGCACUGGGGGAGCGACUCCAGAUUACUUGUUAGUGCCUCGCAAGAUGGAAAGCUGAUCAUCUGGGACAGCUACACCACAAAUAAGAUGCAUGCCAUCCCGCUGCGUUCUUCCUGGGUGAUGACGUGCGCCUACGCCCCCUCUGGGAACUAUGUGGCCUGUGGAGGCCUGGACAACAUCUGCUCUAUAUACAGCCUGAAGACCCGAGAGGGCAACGUGCGCGUCACCCGAGAGCUACCCGGACACACAGGUUACUUGUCCUGCUGUCGUUUCUUGGAUGACAACCAGAUACUGACCAGCUCCGGAGACACCACCUGUGCAUUGUGGGACAUAGAGACGGGCCAGCAGGCCAUCACCUUCACCGGCCACACAGGCGAUGUGAUGAGUUUGUCUCUGAGCCCGGACUUAAAGACCUUUGUGUCCGGAGCUUGUGACGCCACCUCCAAGCUGUGGGACAUUCGUGAUGGCAUGUGCAGACAGUCCUUCGCCGGCCAUGUGUCCGACAUCAACGCCGUCACUUUUUUCCCCAAUGGAAAUGCCUUUGGCACGGGCUCAGACGACGCCACCUGCAGGCUGUUUGACCUGCGUGCCGACCAGGAGCUGAUGAUGUACAGCCAUGACACCAUCAUCUGCGGCAUCACCUCUGUGUCCUUCUCCAAGAGUGGCCGCCUGCUCCUGGCCGGCUACGAUGACUUCAACUGCAACGUCUGGGACACUCUGAAAGGCGAACGUGCAGGUGUCCUAGCUGGCCACGACAACAGAGUAAGCUGCUUAGGGGUGACGGAAGAUGGCAUGGCCGUGGCCACCGGCUCUUGGGACAGUUUCCUGCGGAUCUGGAACUAAACAAAUCUCUUCCUUGUUGUACUCGAUCACUGCCCUCCAACUUGCUCCCCGCAACCCCACCCCACAUAUCCCAACUCAUCUGCUGGGCUGGACCUGAGGGGUGCACUCUGGCAGCCGAAAUCCUCUCAACUCACCCCCGAGUUCUCCUCACUGCUGGUGACCUGCCCGCCUGUGAGAAAGUACCAACUAUUUCUACCUGUCCAAGUGACGUAUUUUUCACCCAGCCAUCACACAGAAACAUAAUUAAGAACCUUUCAGUAGAAUUGUCCAAUCAGAAAUAAAGAAAGAGAUGAGUUAAGAAAAACUGAAAAAGAUAUCGCCCCUCUACCAAUUCUCUUCUAGGCCGCGAUGAAGAGAAUCUUUUACCGUGACAAACAACAAACUAGAUGAGUGUCUGUGUGUAAUAUGUAAAUGUAUAUAUGUAUAGCAUUAUGUGUGUAUAUAUGCAUAAUAUAUGCAUAUAUAAUGUCUAUGUAUAUAUUUUUGUAGUUUAUUUCCCACCCUUGGAGAUUUUCUUUUUAUGAUUUUGAGGAGUUUAUGUUUUAUUUCUACUGUAUAUAUUCACAUUACUACUUGCCAGAAACACGUAUUUUAUCCUGUGUGAGUACCAGAUUGAGUGUCCGACAAUUUAGCCACAGUAACGUAUCAUAAUUUAACCUAAAAAGCCUCCUUUCAUUUUUAUAAUAUUUCUGUUAAAUAAAGCCCACUUCUCCAGCAACGAGAGAAGAUUUAGCAAAUACACAAAAACAAUUUCCAAAAAUAUACUUUGGCCCAGCUAAACUCACCUUCCUCAUCUGUAUCUGUGUAUUAUUGUACAGGCUGCAAACGCAUUUCAUGCAUCCCGAAUCUGAAAAUCCAAGUGAAUGACAACACGGCCCAUGGCAUUCCUCACCAGUCUUUUAUUAGAGUGAUUAAUGAUUAGAGAGCACGCUUCAAAACCAACACGGGAUGUUUUUAGUCUGGAUUCAUGAGGUUUCCGUUCCAAAGUGGAAACGUGAAUUUUAAGCUAAGAUAGAAAACUAUUUAACUGGAGGCCCUGCCUUGACCUCUACUUAUGGAUUGUGGUUUCAAAUCCUCAGAUGCGGAAUAUCUGAAAACCACAUAAAUUCCAUGCAAACAGCUGUGUGAUAUGAUCGAUAACCCAACAGUCUUAAAUAAUGGCUUUGCAUCAUAUCACCCGUCAGCUGUGGCCUAUAGAAUCUACUUUUUGAGACGAGCAUGUCGAGUUGCCCGUACAAAUGACACUGAUGGAGAGAAGGGCGUCGCAAAGAGAGAUGUGUUCUCCUCAAGCAGAAGCCGUCUUCUACCUGUGAGCCUGUCAUGGUGCUGAGGCCUGUCAGGACAAAUGGUAGAGCGGCCUGUCGUUGCGCGAGGACAUUUAAAGGACCAUACAAGACAGCAGUGACUCUGUAAGAGGCCUGAGGACUCGAGAAAAGAUGUCCGUCAGAUCUCGCCAUGUCAUUUGUAUCUUCUUUUUUUUUCUUCUUCUCAAAGCGAAGGAUCAAUGAGUCCUCUUCGUCGUCAAGGUGUGAACCGAGCGACUGCAUGGAGCUGAAAUCAUGUUCGCUGCUCCAAAAUCACACCGGUGCCACCACAAGCUUUUUAUUAAAUGUCUUUUUUUUUUUUUUAAGUGUUUUAACACUUUCUUUUUUUCAGCACCAAAAACAUGUUAUGAACUUUUAAAUAUUGCUUGUGAAGAAAGUACACUUGGUAGACAGAAAUGUUCACUUAGUAGAGAGCUAGACAUGCACUAACACACUGUAGUACAAAUGUAAAACAUUGAACACAUGUGACUUAUUUACUCAUAGAAGUGCUGUCUGAUUUUGAGUAUUUUCUCAUCGCACAUCUUCCAUUACUUUGGUUCCUCUAAAGGCUUAAUUAAAAAAGAAAAUACACAAUGUAUGUGAGUUGGACCUAUCCAUCGGCUGUUUCGGGUGCCUAUCUGAAUAUAUACAUUUGACCCACAUGGGCUGGAUAAAGGAGGGUUUGUGCUCCUGUGAGAUGUGGCACUAUUGUCUCCAUUCUGCCUUACGAUACCAUUCAUAAUAGAAGGUAAUACUAGCAUCGACAAAAGUUUUUUAAAAAUCCUCUUACUAUUCCUUUUUACACAUUGAUCAAUAAGAGAGAUUGCAUUUUUUCUUCUUCAAUAGAAGCACAUUCUGAUACUCGUGAACACUAAAAAGCAUGCUUACAGAAAACCACGCAAGCACAUGCAGCGCCAUCCUGCUUCUUAAAGAUUUUAUACUAUUCUGCUUUCUACGACUACCACCGCACACUACCACUGUAGUAUUUAUUUAGGUUCAAUCGGCGACAAUGAAACCCCUCUGGCCUACCGUGAUUCUAGUUACCUUUUUACGUUCUUAAAUUUUUAGCUGCUUCUACCUGGCUUUGCAUUAAUUGAUCCAUUUUGAGAGAAUGUUAAAAAUAACAGUUAUAGUUUUUAGUCUGAGAAUAUCUUUGAGGUGUGUAGGAUGUGAUAUGCAUUUCAUAUCAGUGUGUGUGGGGGGGAGGGGGAUGAGGAGGGGUUGUUUGCUGAUGUAUGAGGGUAACAUAUAGAUCUAAGUGUUACUUCCUUAUUUGUGCCAAUGUUAUCCACAGACUCUGAGCUGUGAACUGAAAACUAGUCAGUGACAAAAAAUAGAAGAAGAAAAAAAAAGUUUGCUCACUACUCAAGUGCCAGCUUUCUCCAUAUCAUCAAUUAAAGUCGCAUCAGUUUGAUUUUAUACCCAGUCUGUCUGACCAAACCGGUGUACUGCUUAUAUCUGAAGAUGGUUGUUUGUUUUAAGUUAAAAUUUCUUUUUAGACUGAAGUCAGUCAGCAAACGUCAGAUGUCCAUGUGUCCCCAGAUAAAGAUGAAAUGUAUUUAAAGGAAUAGUCUGACAUUUUGGGAAGUGUUUGCUUUCUGGCAGUUAAGUCGAGUCGCGUCACACUCGUGUCUGUCUGUUUGAAUAUUAGGCCUCAACCAGCAGCCUGUUAGCUUAGCACAAAGACUGCCUAGCUCUGCCUGAAGCCCACUAAUGGUCAAUUCUUAUUUGUGAAACAAAAACUGCCAAUUAUGUCUGUUGCCUGGCAACUGGUCAGGCACACAGCCCACCCUGUGAAUGGUGAAUAAGUAUUUGUACACGUUUUUGUACAUAUUCACUGGGACAUUUGGGUGCGAGAGACGCGGCUAGGCAGACGUUGUUGCUCGCGGCCAGCCAUGCUAGGUGUUCUCCUCCCUUUCCACUCUUUAUGCUAAGCUAGCUGGCAGCAGCCUUUAUGUUAUUUGCUAAUGGACAGAAAUGAAAGUGGCAUCUUCCCCAAUGCUCCUCCAGAAGCGAAAUAAGCAUGUUUUCCCAAAAUGCUAAACUAUUCAAAUAAUAACCACCCUGUUAUUUUAGGACAUUAUGAGCUGUGUAAAAGUGGAAGAAGAAAAAAUGUACACCAUUGCCCUUAGUAGCUGAAAAUGGGAUUGUUUAUUUCAGACAGUGAUGUGCAGCAGGCAACCAUUUCCUCGCUGUGUAAUUCAGCAGUAUUCGCAGCUGGAACCUGGAAUAGUAACACUUCCACGUGCCUGAGCAGUUCACUCACUAAUCAAACAGGUGCUUGACUUCAUUUACUUUCACAUUAUGUUGUAUUUGCCUGAAGUCUCCUCCAGUUUAUUCUUUUAACUAUACAACUGAUUUGGAGCUGUUGACUCAACUUCUGUGGCGUUACGAAAUGUCGACAUUUGCUGCAUUUCCAGUAUUGUCUCAAGUACCAAGAUCUGUGACUUCUUUAAAUCCUUGGAGUUUGUUUGGCAGUAGUUUUUUUUUCUUCUCUCUUUUAGUUGGCGCUCGGUGUAAGUCGCCAUUCGCCACCCACAGUGCCAACGUUUAACUUCAAAGAGCAGAUGUGAAAAUGUUGCUUGCUGCUGCUGCACAAGUUCAGGCAGUAUUUUGAUGGCCGCGUUUGCACGAUUCUCCUAAUUGAAUAUCUUGAUGUAAGAAAUGGAAAGUUGCUGGUUCAAUGACACCCGGCCACUUGUAUUGAUUGUCACAUGAUCACCACCACAGCACCAUCACAACAUGAUGCACUGCCCUACAACCUACUGUUCUGAUGUUUUGAUUUUAUUUAUUGUUUUAAGCCAGUAAAGACCAGGGACUUGGUGCCAUGAUAAUUCAGUGCUGUUGUGUGAAUUUAUAAUCACUUGUUAUGGAAUAAUUUUUAUAGUCUUUUUCACACCAGACCUUUUUUUUGUAUUUGUACAGUGGCUUGGUGAUACUGAUAUGUUGCCAUGAGUUAUUGUAACCAAUAAAAAGCUUCUAACCAAGAAUACAAA